AGAAAUAAGACCGAGUGGCAGAGAAACAUCAGACCAGCCACACCAUAUACCAGCUACCUUAUUAAAACCUCACAAAACAAAGGGCUCAGGUACAUACAGCAUAAAUAUUUCAGAUACAUACAGCGGAGAGUGUUUAUGAGAAUAUAAACAUCGAUUGGGCAGAGGAGAUGAAGAGAGAAGAUGGUGAGGAGAUGAAUAUAUAUGCCAAUGCAGACACCAUAAGCAGUCAUGUUGUCAGGACAGAGACAGAGGACACAAAGAGACACAAAACACCUCAUCGUACAGGAAGUGAGUGUGUGAGGAACAGAAACUUCAGAGCAGCUACAGUGUGUUUGGGGGUGCUGUGUGUUCUUCUGCUGACUGCAGUCAUAGUGCUGUGUGUUCAACUCUUUAGAAAGACCAGACAAGACCAGUUUAACCCCAAGAAUAAAAACAUAUUUGAAGAGAGAGAACAGCUUCUUACCAAUAAUACUAAACUCACAGAAGAGAGAGACCAGCUACUCAACAACAAUACAAACUUGACAAAAGAGAGGGAUGGAUUAACAAAUGAGAAUCACGACCUAACUAAACAAAGUGAACAGUUCAAUCAGGAGAAGAAUGAACUGCAGAAGACUCUUCGUGAAAUGGAUGGAUGGAUUUACUAUCAAUUCAGUUUUUACUACAUUUCUUCUGAGAUAAAGAGCUGGAAUGAAAGCAGAAGAUACUGUAUAGAGAAAGGAGCAGAUCUGAUGAUCAUAAACAACACAAAGGAACAAGAUUUUCUUAAGGAAAAUUCUGGUAAAGAAAAUGUCUGGAUUGGUCUGACUGAUAGUGAGAAAGAAGGCACGUGGAAAUGGGUGAAUGGCAAAACACUGAACUCUGGGUUCUGGAGGUUUGGACAGCCCGAUGGUCAAAGAACAGAGAACUGUGCUUUAAUUACAUCAUCAGAGGUGCAUGAUUAUCCAUGUAAUGAUACCUUUAAAUGGAUUUGUGAGAAGAGCAUUUAAAAAUGUCAUUACAUCAAAUACAUGUUUAUUUUGUAAACUGUGAAUAUCCAUAAUUGAAUGUCAUUCAUGAGGACCAGGCAUUAUGAUAAGUGAUUCAAGACAACCGAAAGUCCAACAUGUAACCACAACUGUAACAAGGGAAAAAACAAAACAAAACAAAACAAAACAAACCAAAAAAUGUUCUUUUAACAAAUAUACAGUAUUUACAUUAUAUCUAUUAAAUGCUAUUUUAUUAUACAGCAAAACUUCUGUUUUUAAAAUGAACAAUAAGUUCAUUAAGGUUUUCAUUAAACACACUCUAUUUUUAUUUUAUUUUUCAUUAUUCUGUCCAGUGUUUGAAUGUUUGCAUAACGUUGGGAUGGGAUUUUUACGCAGGGCUCUUGAAUUCUUAAAUUUGAUAAUGUCUGGAUUUUGAUCAUUUGCAAUGAUGAGUAGCAAAAAGUUCAUUCACUCAUUAAAGAGUUUUUGUAAGCUAUUAUUUUGAUUUAAAAAUAUAUAUAUAUUUUUCUUGGAAUUAAAUAUUUUAAAGUAAUUCAUUUCAAAGCCGGUUGAUUUGUUUUUAGGCAUAUAAACAUAGUCAGAGCGUGUGUAAUGCUGGUUUUGAUAAGCUUCCCCACUUCAAAUUCAAAACUUAUUAACUAGUGAGGAGUGAAUGACUGAAUUUAGAUCAAUAAUAACAGCCAGCUAAAAACUUACUGAGUGCACCUUUAAGUAUUCUUGCUUACAUUACACUGUUUAGUUUCAAUAGCAGAAUAAGAAUAUUAACUUUCUAAUAAGUGACACAGGCCUAGGCUAUCAAAAAUAAAGCCGGUUAUUUUUCCAUUAUUGACGUUUAAAUCAGUCUGCUUGUCCGGUCGGGCAAGUAAAAUUCUCUUUCACUUGCCCCUUCAAAAAUCCACUUGUCCCAGACAAGCAGACAAGCGUUAAUGUUGAGCCCUGAUUAAAUACUGAAUUCAACAUUCUCAGAUAACAUUUCUUCUGCAGUAUAUCUAAAAUACAUGUACAUUGCUUUAAAUUAAUUUUAGAUAUUAUUUUAGAAAACAAGCCAAAAAAGACUAAUCAAAAACAUAUUUUGUUCCAGUGUAUAAUGGGCUAAGACUACACCCUCACCUUUAUGUUCACUUUGAUCCAUCAUCAACUCACAAAAAAAAACAAA